GUAAUGUGCACAAUAUAUCUAGGGAUUUUAUUUGUUUAACAUUUACAGUUACGUACAUAGAAAUGAAGAAGUGAACCUUUUCCCUGACGCGGAUGAUGAAAUUGUCCAACAAGUAACACAGUUGCCUGCUGGCAAACCGAAAAUCAUUGCCAGGCCUUACACUUCUGCUUCUUAUGAUAUUCCUCCUACUGACACACUUGGCUCUGACGGAAACAAUGCGUUUAGUAACGACAACAUUCUUCGGCAUAUUUCAAGCAAGGAGGACAUUAUGAAAGAACUUGCCUUAUUAUAUGUUAGGAAAAAACUCUCUCUUAGUGCCGUUGGAGCUAUUGCUAAGUUAAUAUUGAAGAAAGGUAUGAUUGGCAGUGGCAACCUCACUAUUAAAUGUCAAAUCAACAUUGAUGGUACUCCUGUUUUCAAAACUAAUUCCGUCGACUUAUGGCCAAUACUUUUUCGAGUGGUCAACUCCCUUGAUUCGUCGCCUUUUGUGAUUAGCAUUUUUGCAGGUAAAGGAAAGCCUCCAAGUUUAGAAGAAUAUCUAAGACCAUUCCUUACUGAAAUGAUCCAACUGCAAAGCGAAGGUGUUGAAUUCGAAAGCAAAUGUUACUCAGUUGAGAUCAUUUCUUUUGUUUGUGACGCACCUGCUAGACAAUUUCUGAAGGUCAUUACUGGGCAUGGAGGCUAUGGGGGCUGUGAACUUUGUAGUCAAACAGGCGUGUUUGACCCAGUUUACCACUGCAUGACUUUCCGGGAGUUGGUCGACAUUUCCCUUCGUACCGAUGACACUUUCCGAUAUCAGAUACACAAGAACCAUCACAAGGGAAAUAGUCCUUUGUUAGAUUUGAAUAUCAACAUGAUAUCAAGUUUCCCUUUGGACUAUAUGCAUCUUGUCCUUCUUGGAGUUUUUAAGCGACUGUUGACGAUUUGGACAGGGGACUGGAGCAAAAAGCACUAUCAACAUAGACUUGGAACAUGGGAUAAAACCCAACUUGAGAAAAGACUUCGUCGAAUUCGGCAUUCAUACCCAGAGGAAUUUCACCGAAUUACCAUAACAUUAAAAUACCCCAAACAGUUGAAAGCCAACGAACUCCGUACAGUUCUUCUUUAUACUGGACCCGGUCUCUUUAAGGGAAUUUUGUCCAGCGAGAAGUACAUUCAUUUUUUAUACCUCCAUUUAGCUAUUCGAAUUCUGUGUUCUCCUACCUUAUCCAAAACUUACUCCCACUUGGCAAGAAGUUCUCUGCAAUAUUUCGCAUUUCAGUUUGGCGAGAUUUAUGGCAAGAAUCACCUAAUUUACAAUGUUCACUCACUUAUUCAUAUAGUUGAUGACUGUGAGAUCCAUGGCACACUUGAUUCUAGUUCUGCUUUCCCAUUUGAAACUUUCCUGGGCCAAAUGAAGAUGCUCGUAAGAUCUCAAAACAAAGUGCUCGCACAAAUUGUUAAGAGAAUAUCUGAACUUGAGCAUGUUUCACAGUUGGAAUCAGCGAGCAAGAAAUCAAUUUUUGGCCAUGAACGUCCAGUUGAUAUGCUGAGAACACUGAAACAUCAUGUAAAACCGAGUACCAAAAAAGACUCCUUUUACCUUUGCGAAAAUGGCAUGGUUAUCAAAGUUACGGGGUUCUCCAACACUCAAAUAUCAUUCAAGCCCUUCAUAUUAAGAGGUGAUUUCUUUUCGAAACUAGUGAAAUCUACAAAUCUAGACAUCAGCAAAUCGAGCGGAAUGGAAGAAAAGAUUGAAACCGCUCUAAUUGAUGAUUUGCAGUUGCAUUCUAAAUGCUGGGUUAUACCCACUGCCAAAGGUUGCUGCAUCGUUCCAAUAUUACACCAUUCAAUAUGA